UGAGCGUGCGACUGGGCAGAGUCUCCUAGCAACGGAGCGAUGCGGCAGCUAUGGAACUCACGCUGCAGUUGCUUCUCCUCCUCUUCCUCUCAGUGUCAGGUUUGUCGAAGGCCCAGACGGAGGAGGAAAACGUUACUCUGAACGCCGAGGAAGUAAGCAGUACUUCGAAGCCAGAAGAAAGUAGCAGCACUCUGAAGGCGGAGGACAUUAACAGUACUUUGGGGGCGGAGAACAGUACCCUGAAGGCCGAGGAGCCCCCCACAGAAGCGGCGCGCCCCAGCGAGACGCCCGGAGUCCAGAGGGAAGAAGAAAGCCCUGAGUCUCCAGGCGACUCACUCUGCCCCUGUGACCUUCAUCCAGGCUUCUGUGACCUUAACUGCUGCUGUGAUUCAAACUGUGGCUUGCAAUGCACCCUGGGGAGUUCCAACUGCCCCUUCUCCUUCUGCCUUCCAGGUAGCACCAGGGCUGUGAGUCAGAUAUGUUUGGACAAGUCUCUUAUUUUCCGAAAUAGCACUCCUUACCACACUCAGAUCCUCCCUAGUCCUGAUGGCUGUACAUUGCUCUUCUGUGUACAAUUAAAUGAUUCAAAACUGAACUACUUACAGAAACCACAACUGGUUACAAAAGAAAACUUCCCAGCACUUUCAGCAGAAUAUGGAGGGUCAUCCUUCAUAUUACCAGAACAAGUUCAGUCAUCUCCUGCUUCCUUUUACCAGGUGGGGGAUCCAAUUCAGACAUACUUUGCUUCAUCAUCUAUGUUGAGUGUGCUCAAACAACCUGUGGGUAUAGGAGUCAGCCAGCUUUGUCUAGAUGAGAAUUCUGCUGGUUUUCUGGAGAGUAAAAGUACAAACUGUUUACGAAUCUUUACUGACCUGUUGAAAAGCUGCACUACUGAUCCUGUAUUGGAUGCAGCUUCAUAUUACCGUAAUUUCACUGUGCUAAAGGUCCCAGUCAACUAUACAGUGUUUCAACCUGUACAGGUUAACAUCACUGCACUCUCAGAGCCUCCUUCUCCUUCACUGAUUGAUGGCAUCUGCCACAAUGUUGUUACUGAGGUGUCCUAUGAGGUGCAGUUCAAUGGGAUCCUUGGGAUUCAAGAGGUUUCUGUUCAGUUCAAAGUGGCUAAUAUAUCUGGGAAUCCAAGAGCUACAGUGCAGCAGCACUUCUUUCUGCAUUUUUGGAAUAGAAGCCCUUCCACCAGACAGAGAAGUGGGAAUCCUGGCUAUAUUACUGGAGCCCCACUAAUAGCACUCUAUAAUGGCACUGAGCAGUAUAUAACCAUUUUAAAAAAUCAAGCUGAUGGCCAGUGUUCAGCAACUGAGAGGUAUAAUGUGCUGUUUGGAGAAAAUGUAAGGACAGGUUGCCAACUCAGUGUACCCUUUACACUGGAGGAAGAAACCUGUAGCAAUUUGCAGGAGAUGUUAUAUGAAGCCUUUCAAGGGGGACAUGGUCCAAGAAGUUUGGCUAUCAUAGGAAAUGCUAACCCAGAGCAUCUAGGAGAAUGGAACAGUAUAAUCACCAAAAGAUGCAAUAUGCAGAAUGGACACUGUAUGCUUCCUGUUUCUCUGGAGAUACAAGUGAUAUGGGCUCAGGUGGGCCUCCUGUCUAAUCCACAAGCUCAAGUAUUGGGAGCACGGUAUUAUUAUCACUGUAAGCCUCUUACGUCCCUUGACCUAUCUAUGAACAUGAUAUCUUUGAAGACUGCAGCUACCUUCACAGAUGUUACCAAAUGGCCAGAACCAGCACGUGGACAGCCUAGAAUUACUUGGAAGCUUCCAUUUGAUUUCUUCUUCCCCUUUAAAGUAGCAUUCAGUGGGGCUGUGAGCAGUUCGGGUAAUCUUGCUGGUAGUUUGCUCACCUCCCUAAUGUCAUACGGACUGCACGUCUCAUGAACUAAAGGAAGAGACCUGUAAAUGCCAAACUUGUAUUAUUUGCUGGGAAGUAAUAUAGCAUCCAAACUGUCAUUGCCUUGAUGAAAGAAUGUUGAUGAGACAGCCUGCUCUGCUAAUGGUGGGUGCUAUGUGUCCAAUGAUAAGAUUGCCGUUCAGUCUAAGAACCUCUUUACAUGUUAAUCUGAACACAUGGCCAGUUGAAGAACCAACAGACUAUGAUAAGAUGGGUACAUGCACAUACCACAGUACACAAAAAAAUGGUAUUCAGCCUGUGAUGGUAAGCUUUAACUGUUAUACCAUAUCAUUGGUCAUUUUCUAUACUGCUUCUAUACUUUAUACUGACCCUUUGGAUAGUGAAAAUAAGAGCUGGGAUCCAACAGAUCUCUCUGUGUUCUUUCUUAGACCCCCCCCCCCCCCCACUUCUCUAUAGCACCAGUUAUUUGCCUUUAUUCUACCGGCCAUGGUGUGCUAUAGCUUUUAAACCCUCAAAUGCCUUUCUAGCUUGAAAUAUCAACAGAUUGUUUUAUAUCUUCAGUCAAGAAAAAUACAACCUAACCAUGAACUCCACAUAUCUUAUUUUUCAUGAAGAAAUAUAACAAAAUGGAAAGAGUUGUGUAACUUUAAAUCUGCUUUCCUUUCUGUCUCCCUUGGAGCAAGCUUGAAAUUGAUAUCACACAACUCUGAUUAAAAUUAUUACCUUAUCUUCAUAGUGUAUCAUUAAACCUGAUAGAAUUCCUCUGUUAACUGAUCAAUAAUCAUGCCUGUUUGACUCAUUUUUAUAGUACCAAUUUGCUUUUACACUGCUAGCCAGGGCAGGAUACAGUCUUGCCUAGAGGAGUCAACCUAGGACAUGAAGAUUAUUUGCAAGGAUCUUCCCAUGCAGUCUGAGAGUGCAGCAAAAGCUAUUCAGUGCAAACUCUGUUACGUGGCUAGACUUAGCUCACCAUCUUGAGGAUUAUGUAUACAAUGAUAAUAAAGCAUUUGGUAAAAAACAGUCCUUAAUUGUAUAUAUUUUACAAAUUAUUAUCCUGAAAUGUUAAUGUAUUCAGUUCAGUCUAUUCAAUGCAAUUUUCCAGAUCGACACCCCAAAUAACCCCAGAAAUAGGCCUAAAAAUGAAAAAAAAAUCAAUUUUUUUGUUGGGCUGUGUAAUACUUCCACUGUUGUAUAUGCUAAAAAGUUCUCUUAAGCUUUUAGUCUAUGGUUUCAAUAUAACCUUUAAUCCUGAAGUAAGCAAGACAGUGACCUCAUACACUGUCAACUAUAAAAUGAGGACACAUCAGAAAAAAAUAGCCUCAAAGUUCAAUUAGGGCUAUUAAUUUACAGCUUCCCAGUCUGUGUAUGCUAUCAAAAGAAAUAUGAUAGUGCCUUGGCCCAGUACUUAAUUCCUGUCCUCAUAUUACCUGGGGCUUUGAUAAAAAGUGUUGCCAGAAUGGUUUUCUGAGGACAACAGGCUACCUGAGGAGGUGUCAAGGAACUACAGAACAUAUCUAUACCACCCUUUCUUCAUGAAUUUUACUUUUGGGGCUUAUUUCAUAUGAAGACGCAAUCUUCAUUGUGAAAGCAUUUGUUUGUGGAAGACCCAUGAAAGCUGUUCCCAAAAGGACAUUCAAAAUUGCUGCCAAAGGUGCCUCAAUAAAGUAUGAAUAUGUGUACAGUUA